AACAACAGUUGGAAGAAAUGUUAUGGGGUUGUUCUCUUGAAAAUGUCAUUUUCUGAAAUCGCGAAAUAUUUUGGUAUAGAAAAAUCAUCUAGAAAUAGUGGAAAAACUCAUGAAAAUCGCACCAAAAAGUAUUCAUCCUCUGAACCUCGCCGCAUAAAUAAGCACCAUCAACUAGAGGCUUCAGCAUUGUGGUGAACAUUCAACAAGGAUUCCCUUCGCUGCUGCAAAAAGCAACCAUAAAGUGUUGUGCUCUAUGUUGUUUGCCUCAAGAGUGCCUCUAAAAAAAAGUUUAAAAGAAAUUUGGGAUAUUUUCCAUUGUGUUGUGUUUUUCUUUUGCAAAAAAUAAAUAAAUUGCAGAGAAAAUUCGGAUUGAUUGAAAGUGUUGAGAGAAGAAGAAAAAACAAGAAAAAAAGACGAAAUUAUGCAAAAUCGAUGAAAAGUGUUGUAAAUUAAUUGUUGGGAAAAACAGGAGCAAAUUCGAAGAAUUCAAGGACAGAUUAUUCCGGGAAAAUUGUGCGUUGGGGGGAUAUUUAGGUGAAGGUCACCUGGAGGCAAUUUUGUUGUUGUUGGAAUUUGUGUGAGUUCCUUGUGAAGGGUUAUCAAAGAAAAACUUCCGCAGAAAGUGGGGGUUGGGGACGGACCUUCAGGAGCUUUGUAUCCAAAAGAGAGGGUCGUCUUUAAUGUUUAGCCUGAGUGGGGAGAGUGGAAUGGCUACGCUUCUGCAGCAGAAGAGCUGUAUGAAAACACUGGCGAAUGGGGGUGGAAAUGGUGCAACGGGUGCUGGGGGUGCUGCCACAGCUGCCACGGCUGUCCUUCUACCACAUGAGAUUGUGGCACAGGGUAGUGGGCAACCGGAACAGGCAGCAUCAGCGCAGUACUCGCAGCAAUUUAGUAAUUUCCUCCAGUACACUCAAUAUACGAAUUUCACACCCCCAACAGCGUAUCAAGUUAGUAGUUCCACAAGUAUCUUCAGCACGCACCCGCAUCAGCAGAUGAGUGGGAGUCAGAAUGUCGUAGUACCCACGGCAUCCAAUGUGGUGGUCAUCUCACCUGAGAGUCUCGCCAAUGGUGUCGUGGGGGAUGCAUCAACUGAUGAUAUCAUCGAAGAGGAUGAUGGUAUUGAUGAGGUGUCAGAGGUCGUGAAGGCGGCAACGGGGGAAUGCGAGAGUGCCAAUGGGCUGAAGGAGGAGCAGCUCGAGGAGGAGCAAGAAGCUGAACCGGAAGUUGACAUAGUUAUUAACAAUGUUGUGUGUUCAUUUAGUGUUAGGUGUCAUCUCAAUUUACGCGAAAUUGCCCUAAAUGGUUUCAAUGUGGAAUUCCGCCGUGAAAAUGGGAUGGUUACAAUGAAACUCCGACGUCCCUACACCACCGCCUCCAUCUGGUCAUCCGGAAAGAUUACCUGUACUGGUGCCACUUCUGAAGAUCAGGCAAAAAUUGCAGCGAGACGCUACGCUAGAUGCCUUCAAAAAUUAGGUUUUAAUGUUAGAUUCCGCAAUUUUCGCGUUGUGAAUGUUUUGGGCACGUGCAGCAUGCCGUGGGGUAUAAAAAUUGUCAAUUUUUCGGAAAAGUACAGGAAAGAGGCGAGCUAUGAACCAGAACUCCAUCCUGGUGUUACAUAUAAACUCAAAUCACCCAAAGCAACACUCAAGAUCUUCUCAACGGGAAGUAUCACUGUCACAGCUGCAAGUGUGGCAUUCGUCCAGGCGGCCAUUGAGCACAUCUUUCCGCUGGUUUAUGAAUUCCGGAAACCAAGAGCUCCAACAGAACCAAUUGCAGACCCUGCCUCCAUGGCGGUGGAUGCAAUGGGAGAAAUGGGAGAUGAGGUGAUGGACCAACAUUCCGGGAGGCGAAGAAAGAAAGUUAAGAGACCUUUCGGGAGGACUGCCAAUGAUCCCACGGACAACAUAAUGUACGUCUCCGAUGUGGAGGAAUAUGAUUAAGAUAAAAUAAUACUGACACGAGGAUUUUUUUCACCUCGAAUUGGAUGGAGAGAGAAGAAAGAGAGAAAUAUUGUCUUUGUUUCUUGUAAAUCAAUCCACCGUUUGCUGUUCCAAUGACUUUUCCUAAAUGUUAGUGAAAAAAAAUAAAUUUAAAAAAGAAAAAAACAAAACACAAUAAUACUGAGAAAAAAAAGAAUGAAGAAAGCAUCUCCUUAUGGGGGGGAAAAAUGAGAAAUUUUGCAAAAGGAGAUAAUUUUUAUUAUAUAAUGCUUCAUGUACUUCAUGUCGCUUUUUUUAGAGCGAUUUUUUUCGGGGGUGUGGGUCGGGAAAGAAAUGAGGAAAAACAGGGCAAUUUUGUAUGAAUUGCAAACUAAUAUUUUAGAUAUCACGCUAAAGUCCAAACAUUGAGCAACAUUUUUUUUAGUGCUGCACACACACAAGAAAGAGUUUUUUCUCCACAGAAAAAAAAACAUUUAUGAGAUACGACGAAGAAAAAAUUAUUAUUACAAUAUUAAAAAGAGAAGAAAAAGAAGAAAGAGUAUGAAGAAGAAAAAACACCGAUAAAAAUGAUUGAGAAACACGAAUUAUUGUGUAACAUUUGGUGUAUGUAUCUCAAGAACAUUGCUAAUUAUAUUCUUAGUGUGUAAAAGUUUCAUUAUUUAAAUUCAUGCGCGUUAUGUUUAUUAUAUACAUUAUGCCUUCAAUUGUAGGGGAGGGGGGGAAGAAGAAGAAAAAUAUAGAAAAGAAGAAUAGAUGCAAAAAUGCAAAUUGAGAGAAUCCGUAGAGAAAAUGAAAUGCCUUUAAACAUUUUUACAAAUUUUCUGUUUAAUUUUUAUUAUUUCUUUAAUUCUUUUCAACGAAUUUCAUUAAAAUAAAUCGUCUGUUGAGCACAUAAAUGUUAAACAAAAAAAACUGCCAGAUUCUGAGGGUUUUUUGAGUCCUUAAUUUGUGGAGUCACAAUGAAAAUAUUUUUAUAUAUUAAACAAACAACAAUUUGUUAUUUUUUUUUUUUCAAAUAAUAUUAUUUUUUUUUUAAAUCCGGACUAUGUCCAAGAUAAUUUGGCAUUUCAUUAGAUUUUUUUUAAUGUUUAAUUUGCUUUAUUUUUAUUUAUAAUAAAUUUUGUUCCUGAGAUUUUUUUCUGAAUUAUAGUGGAUAUUUUUCCUUCUUGGAAUUUAAUGAAUUUAUAAUGAAGAAAAAAAGAAGAUUAAUUUCAGAUAAAGUUUAAAUAAAAAGUAAAUUAAAAAAAAUUAUUCUUUGAAUGUAGGAAUGAAAAGAAAAACCUGUAAAAAUUUCUCGAAUAUUUUAGAAAUCCCAAAGAAUAAAGUUAUGUCUGAAGAAAUUGAAAAAAAAAUGUUUUCUUUUGUUUGAUAAAAAGAAAGUUUUCAAACUUGAGAGAACCCUGAAGAUCCUUAAUAUUUUUUUUUAAUUAUUUCCCAAAUCUCCAAAACCAGUUCAACCAAGAAGAAGAAUUUUUCUUCUUAAGUUUUUUUUAGAUGGUUUACAAAUAGAAAAGAAAAGAAAAAAAUUUCGAAAUUGAAAAACUCAUUCAGAUCCUAAAUAUCAAGUUUUUUCUUUAAAAAGUAAUUUCUUAAAUUUUUAAAUCCAGCUCAAAAACCUUUAAGAAUUUUUAGGAUAUAAAAAAAAGGUAUAAAAUGAAGGAAUUUUUGUCAAAUAAAGAGAAACGUUAAAACAAUUUAAUAAAAAAUGAUUUUUAGAAAUGAGAAAAGAAGGAAAAAUAGUGAAAAACAAAGGAAAAGGGACUUUCUUUUGUUUCAAAGUCUUAUUUAACGAAAGCGAUUCAUAAAGUGCUUUUAUAAAUUUAAAAAAGAAAUAGAAGGAGAAAGAAUUAAUGAGGAAUUGUUGAAAACAAAAAAAAAUGUUGCUGUAAAAAUAUUUUCUACAAAUAUUAUUUCUUUUACACAAAAAAAAAAACAUUUAAAAAGAAAAAAAUACAAGAAUUUGUUAUGAAAAUCACGGAGUUACAUAAAAUUACACCCAUUUCUCAUAUUUAUUCCCAUAUCAAAUAUAUUAUAUACAUAACAAAAAUCAUAUCUAUUUAAUAAUAUUUAUUUUACUUUCUUCUGUUUUUCCCAUUUUCACAAGAAAAAAAACAUCAUUAUUUGAGGACCAACUAUGUAAAAAAAAUGUAGAACAAAAAUUAUGAAAAUUAUUAUUUCGGUUCUAUUUUUUCAACAAAAAAAAAACUUGUUUUUUUCAAAUUUAAUUUUUGAUCCAAAUAUUCCUCGAGACAUCAUUCUUAUAAAAAAAAAAUAAAAUAUAGAAAAUAAUAUUUAAAUGAAAAAUCAAUAUUUUAAUGAUUUUCUUUUUGUAGUGCAGAAAUUGAAGACCAAAGAAUUUUUUUUUAAAUAAAUAGUUUCUGAAUUAAUUAAAGAUUUAUCUUUUUCAUGUUAUUCAAAACUUCUACACACAUUUUUUUUCUUUUUCAUAACACUCACAUGAAAAUAUUCCACAUAACACUUCUUACAAUACAUUACAUUAAAAAAAAAGAAAUCUAAUGAAAAAAUAUGAAUAAAUGAUAAAUUUUACGAUAUAGUGCCAAUUGAAUGAUUGAAUAUUUAAAUUAAAAGAAAGAAAAAAAAAACAUCUGAGAUGUUUUUGAAAAUAUUAUGGGGAACUUUGAAUAAAAUAGUAAAAAAAAAUAAUUUAUUGAAAGACGUGGAAGAGGUAAGAGAGGGUAAAAUAUAAAAAAUAUAUAUUGUCAAAAAGAAAUAAAUAAAUAAAUAGAUAAAGCCUAUUUUAAAAAAAAUGUGUGAUGUGUUAGAAUUAUGAAUUUAUGAAGAAAUGCAGUGCGAAACUUCUCACAAUUGAUAUUACUAAGAAAGUUAUUAAAUUUCUUCGGGAUAAUUAAAUCCAAACAAGAACAAUUUGUGGAGGUAUUCGACGUAGCCAAAGGACAAAGAUUGUCGUAGUGCUAUUGUGAUGAAUAGAAAGGAGAUUCAAUUUUUAAGGAGAUUCAGCCGCUAGAUGGCAGGCUUUAUUUCCUUGAUAAGUCUCCAAAAAAAUGUCUUCAGAAGUAUAUAAAAAAAAAUCUCUAUUUUGUAAAAGAAUGUGAUUACGCUUAGAAAAUAAAGAAAGUAAAUUAAAAUCAUUCGUUUUUCCAUGACAAUUUAAAAAAAAAAUGAAUUGGGAUUAGUUUCUCAAUUGAAAUAUUUUCUUUAUCAUUUGGAGAUUUUUUAGGAGUUUUUUCGGAGUUGAUUUUGUCUAUAUAGUCUUCAGAUUUUUUUUUAAAUUGGGUUUUAUUCAGGGAUCAAGAAAUCCUUGAAAUUUCAAGAAUUUGUUUUGAAAAUUCAACGAUUUCAAAGUUUUCUUGAUCGCAGAAUACGACCCGAAAACUUGAAGAAUUUUGAUAAUUUGUUCCUUCAAAACUUUUUUUUUAAGGUAAAAUUCUGAUCUCUUUAUUCAUUUAUAGAACGACAAUAGAAUAAUUUAAAAACACAAACUAACAAAAUAUUUGGGUUAUUGUCGAAUUAUGAGAAAUACUUUGAUCAAAAUCGACCUUAAAAUCAUUUGUUACGCCGAAUACUGCUCUCACUAUUCCAUAAAUCUCUCAUCAGAAAUUUCGGUUUUAACCUCAAACUUUUAACUCAAUUUUUUAAAUAUUUUCUUUUGACUAACUUGAAGUAAUUGAAGUUAUCUACGCCAUAUAGACUUGAAUUUAUCACGAUAGGUUAAAUAAAUUCUAUUCUGUGACUGUUUCAAAUAUUAAGUUAGCCACAAACUCCAGUAAAAUCUUUUAAGUGUUAAAGAUUUGUGGAGUAACAAUUUUUUUUUAUAAUAAUCUAAAUGUCUGCCUCCAUUUGCUAUAAGUAUUCGACAUACAGCGCCCUCAUCUUACGGAAGCGCUCGUGGUGGUGAAUUACAUAAGCUUACAAUCUUUUGGCAUUUGGGGGCUGACUUUUUGAAUAACAAGCUGUCAAAAUCUUUUAUUUUUCAUAGAAAACCUACUAACAAAAAAUCUUGGAACUGUUGAUUUGUAAAAAAAAGAUAAAAUUUUUUUAUUGAAACGUCUUCAAAAUCUUCAAUUUUUUUUUUAUCAAUUCUGACCAUUCUGUUUUGAAGAAUGUGUAACUAUUUAUUGAGGAUUGAUAGAAAGUUUAUGAAGAGUUGAAUACGGCCAAAUAAUUUGAAAAACUUCAUAUUAUUUGCGCAAGAAAGCAUUUGAGCGCCACAGCGGCAAAAAACGGAAGUUUCAUUUACCGAUCGUCUUUUGUUCAUCGGCGAAUCGGAAGGGCUGAAUGCAGCCAUAGGAUUUUAGGACAUCUACAAACAAAUCAAGAUGGCGGUAUCUUAAAUAAAUCUUUGAAUUUCCCUGUAAAAUAUCGUAUCCCUGUAUUGUGUUGUAGCCUAAGGAUCUUCUAGCACCUCAAUACUGUAUAAAGAUUAGACUUUCGUCAUUUUUGAGGUUAUGGUAUAUUUUUUUUGGAGAUUUUGACUAACUUUGGAGACUUUAAGAUCUUUUAUUUUACCAAGAAACAUUGAAUCUCUCUUUCUAUUUUAUAUUGAAUACCUCCCACUAGAAAUUGCUUUGUGUGAAGAAACUGUGUAUGACUCCAGUAUAGCAAUAUUAUUACUUGUUUUUUUUAUUUAUUUAUCUCUUUAGCAGACUUAAUAAAAAAUAAAUCACAUUUAAACAAAAAAAAAUCGAAGCAAAAUGAAUGUGAACCCAUUCUACAAAGUACCAAUAAAAAAUAUUAAAUAAUGUACGUAAAUAUGCUAGAAAUACAAAUUAAAAGAAAGAAAAAAUAGUAUCAAAGAAAAUUAAUGAUGCUACAAUGUUUGUAUUAUCAAAGAUUACGAAAGGCAUUUUAGAAUUUAAUCAGUUAAAUAACAUCGUUUUAGUUUCUGUUUUUCUCUUUUUUUUUAAAUUAAAAAUCAGCUUGUUGGAAAGCUGUCUAUUACUCCAAAAAAAAAAUGUGACUGUUUCGACGUAGAAAGGCAAGAAAAAAAACGAGAAUAAAAUCAUCGUGCAAUUAGUUAUUAAAAAAGAAAUAAAAUUAAUUAUAGGAAAAAAAAGUUACUCUGUAGGAAUCCUUUUUGGAAUGAUUUAUCGCGUGGUGGAAUGCAAAAUAAAUCGACAAAUGGGGUUGAAAAAGCCUGUGAAUUGACUGAUGAAAUAUUUUAUAAAUAAAAAGAAAAUAGAAAAAAUGAUAAAAUUAAAAAAAAAGUGAGAGCUGAAGCAAGAAUAUGACUUUAAAGAGAAUUAUAGAACGAAGAAUAAAAGAAAAAGGAAUAAUUGAGAGCGUGAAAAAAACAACACACAAAAAGCAUCAAAACCAAAUAAAGUUAAGUAGUGUUAAGAAAAUAAUAAAAUGAGAAAACUACAUGUGAAAUACGUGUUCUAAUCUAUAAGUUUUUAUUUUAAUUAGCAGAUGUAUUUAAGUUUCAUUUUUUUCUCACGACAUAAACGAGAAAAAAAAUAAUGAAAAAAGGGAAUAUUGCGGAGUAAUUUAUGAAAGAAAAAAUGAAAAAUUAUAAUAUCAAAUUAAUCUGAAAUAAUGUUAUUUACUUUGUAUUAAUCAAAUAAAACUAUCGCCUAAUAAAUAUUUCUUAUUUAAAUUGCGAUAAUCCAGCAUUACCUUACUACCUAAUAUUUUCUUUUUCCAAACAAGGUGUGUUUUUGUGAGCAAGAAAAAGUAAUUUACAGAAAAAAUUAAAAGAAAAAAGAAAAUAUUGUUGAUAGAAAAACAAAAAUGAUGUGGAAGGAUGUGAAUUAGGCCUUUGUAUGAGAGCAAUUUUCUUAUUUAACAAAAAAAAACGGAUACUAAAGAUGAAAAAUGGACAUUUUGGAGAUGAAUUUAAUCCUGCAAUUUGGAAAUCAAAGUGGAAAUUUUACAAAGGAGAAAAGCAAAAUAAAAUGAGCCAAGAAAUACGAAUAAAUCUUGACUUUAAAAUGGAUGAAAAUUUGUAUAUUUCUAUAAUCAACAAUGUCUACAAUUACUAGAGGAGUCUAUGGGAGUAAACAAUUAACAAUGUACUGUAAAUGUUUAUUGCGAUUUUAGUUUUUAAUGGAGGAAAAUCAAGAAUAAAUUUUUUUUUCUCAAAA